AUGCCUGAGAUUUUAAGAGCAAAAUUUGAAAGAUAUCGAAAUAUGAAGGGCAAGGAUUCGCUUGAUACGCCCUACCUUGUCCGGAAUGCACUUAAAUUAGGAAUGGCGAUUGCCGGUCAAAACAUUAGUGACUAUGACAAGAAAACCAUUAAGUUUGCCUCCCCGCGAUUCUUCUCUAUAGUCCCUGACGACAGCGACAAUAAUAUCAACCUCUUGUCACCGUCAUUAUUCAGUCUGCAUGACGAAGGUAGAGAAGAAGAAAAAAAUUUUAGCAUUCCACACCUGCUUAAAAACAGCAAACUACUGCAAAAACAAGAUCACCAGGAGCUAAUAGAUCUAAUUGCUGAAGCCACCGGCAUUACAGACGCAGUAGAAGAUGCUGAAAAUUUGAAAAAAUCUGAAAACAUGAAAGGAAUUGAUGGACAACCGAUGUACUUUACAAAAGAAAACGCCACUGAAAUUUACGGUGAUGACGGACGCAGAAGAAUCGAAACUUUUGAACGCCUUCAUAAAAGUUUGAAUGCUCAACAGAUCAAAGAAAUGAAUGCAACUGGGUACUCCAUUAUGAACAAAAAACAACUUUAUCUUCUCUAUGGGAAAGAUUCACCUUACGCAUCAGAGAGUACACUGAAGAAGCUCGCGUCCAUUAAGAGUCUAGAGGAACUUCAACGACAUAUAGAGCAUGACAUAUCUGUAUUCUCAAAACAUGAAAAUUUGAAACUACAA